GCCCCAGGCCGCCCGUAGCCCCCCUUUCCCUCCGCUGCGCCUUAACCGCGCGCAGGGCACCUAGGGGGCGCGGCGCCGGAGCUCCGGAGGGCGGGGCGUGGCGCACACAGCGCGGGCAGGGGCGGGGGGCGCCGGCCUGGGGCCAGUGGCCGCCGGUGCUCGGCCGCGGCCAAUGCAGCGCCCUUCUCUCCGCAACCCGCUCCUCCCCGGCCGCCGCUGCCGCCGCAGGAAGGAGCUCCCUGCCCAGCCGGGCGCGCCACCCGCACCAUGCCGCACAUAGAUGCGGACCUCAAGCUGGACUUCAAGGAUGUCCUUCUCCGGCCUAAGCGGAGCAGCCUCAAGAGCCGAGCCGAGGUGGAUCUUGAGCGUACCUUCACGUUUCGAAACUCGAAGCAGACCUACUCAGGGAUUCCCAUCAUUGUGGCCAACAUGGACACCGUGGGCACAUUUGAGAUGGCAGUGGUGAUGUCACAGCACUCCCUGUUUACAGCAAUUCAUAAGCAUUACACCUUGGAUGACUGGAUAUGCUUUGCCACAAAUCACCCAGCAUGUCUGCAGCACGUAGCUGUGAGUUCGGGCAGUGGGCAGAGUGAUCUGGACAAGAUGAGCAGCAUUCUGGAAGCUGUGCCGCAGGUUAAGUUCAUUUGCCUGGACGUGGCCAAUGGGUAUUCGGAACAUUUUGUGGAAUCUGUGAAACUCGUCCGUGCCAAAUUUCCAGAACACACCAUCAUGGCAGGGAACGUGGUGACAGGAGAGAUGGUAGAAGAGCUUAUUCUGUCUGGAGCAGAUAUAAUCAAAGUGGGAGUUGGACCAGGUUCUGUGUGCACCACCCGCACCAAAACGGGGGUGGGCUACCCCCAGCUGAGCGCUGUGAUCGAGUGUGCGGACUCUGCCCAUGGCCUGAAGGGGCACAUCAUCUCUGAUGGCGGCUGCACAUGUCCAGGAGAUGUCGCCAAAGCCUUUGGAGCUGGAGCCGAUUUUGUCAUGCUGGGAGGGAUGUUUUCAGGGCAUACCGAGUGUGCUGGUGAAGUGAUUGAGAGGAAUGGUCAGAAGCUCAAGCUCUUCUAUGGGAUGAGCUCAGAAACAGCAAUGAAGAAACAUGCUGGAGGGGUUGCUGAAUACAGAGCCUCUGAGGGCAAGACUGUAGAAGUGCCUUACAAAGGCACUGUAAAGAACACUAUUCUGGAUAUUCUCGGGGGACUGAGGUCGACCUGCACAUAUGUGGGAGCCGCCAAACUCAAGGAGCUCAGCAGGAGGGCAACGUUCAUCCGUGUGACCCAACAGCACAACACCGUGUUCAGCUAACCUUGAGGAUGAAUUCCCAUCCGGCUCAAGUGGAAGCUUCAACACCCACCUGCUUCUCCCAUGGCUGCUCCCAAAUGGUGGCAUGCUGCCUCCCAUCUCCUCCCUCAUGCUGCCUGGAGGCUUUGGGAAUCUCCCUGGUGCCUUCUUGGAACAUGGAAGCAGAGCACUGAUUGGGCCAGCGUCUGAGCCCAGCUGCCCAGAACUCAUCACCUCAUGUUCCAGCUAACACUUGCACCUUUUUCUUUUUUUAAGAAAAUGGGUUUCACUUUAAUAUAAUGCUGUUAUCUUAACUGAUUGAGUGCUGGAGUU